GCGGUCGCUUCGGGUAAAAGAGAUCGUGUGCAGGAGCGCCUACGGGAUUGCUGCACUCGGCGCGCUGCUGGGUGCCCGGCUGUGCCAGUGCAUACUUAGAAAGCCGCACCCAGCGAGCCGAUGCUUCUGCACGUGGACCGAGUGGGCGGAGGCAAAGCGCUCCUCUCCUGGACGGCUCCCGAGGCGCCUCGAGGUCCCCUGCAGGCGUACGACGUGUCCUGGUGCACAGCGUCGUCGUGCGAGUCGCUCGAGACGCCCGGAAAGACGCGACACGUGUUCCUGCACGACGUGCUGCCCUCCACGAACUACACGUUCCGCGUGCGCGCCAAGAACGUGCUCGAGGAUACUCCGCUCGAAGGACCGCACGCAGAGGCCACCGUAUUCACGCCUCCCAAGGGGCUCAUCUUCCAGCUGGUGGUGUCCAUGUGGACGGCGGUGUCGCUGUCUUGGACCAGCACCGAGCAGGACGGGACCGUGGUCGGCGUGUGCACGGUCAAGCACUGCCAGGCCGAAGGGGUACUGGCCGGCAGCUGCGAGAAGUUCUUCGUGCAUGACAGUCGCAAGGAGAUCGCCAACGGUCAGCCCUGGACCCUGGCCAGCGUCGAAGUGACCGACCCGUCGGACGCGCUCCUCUUCCACACCGUCUACCGGUCGCCGCCCGGACGCCCCAGUGCUCCGCUGGAGGUGCAGGUGUCUCCGCUGAACUCGUCGGCUCUGGAGCUGCGCUGGUCCCCACCCGAGCUGGGCCGGGGUCCCGUGGACGGGUACCUGGUGAAGUGGCACACCUUCUACGGGGACGGCGAGUCGCUGCGCCUUGGUUCCAGGGACCUGCGAUCGCUCGUCAUCGCCGACGUCGAGGAGUUGAACACGUACACCGUGCAGGUUGCCGCGUACAACCUAUGGUCCGGCAGUUUCCUGGCAGGAGAGGAGGCUGUCGCCUACGGGAUCUCCUACUCCUCCGGCAUGAACGUGAACGUGAGCAGCGGCCUGACGUGGGCCGUGCUUACGUGGACGCUGCGUCACGACGUGGUCGAGCAGGUGCUGCUCACCUGCUGCGAGCCCGAGCAGCCGGACGCGUGCCCCCACGAGGUGGUGCUCAACAGCAGCGCGCGCAAACACCGGCUGCAGGGACUCGAACCGUGGCGGGCGUACGACCUGCGAUUCUUCCGCUACGAGGGCAUGGCGCUGGUGCUCAGGAAACGCUUCAGGACCGGGAAUACCGCCGCAGAGGAGGUGGCCCCCUCCGCAGCGCCGCCUAACGUGACCUACACGUUCCUGGACGAUGGCUCGGCGCUCGUGUCGUGGAUCCCGGGUCCCACGUGCACCCCUGCCGCUGCUCCCACCAGCAACGUCAGUAGGAGCGGCGACGGCGAAGGCUACCUGGUUUCGUGGGCGCCAGUGCUCGACCAGGGUUCUUCCGCCGCUGCCGACAGCGUCCGGGAGGAGAUCACUACGGACACCCAGCUGACGCUGCGGCGCCUGACACCUUCCACCGCGUACGCGGUGGAAGUGCAUGCUCGAACCGGGUGCGUCGCCGACGAUGAGCCGAUCGUGUGGACGCUCCGUAUAGAGACACCGCCCGCGACGUCCUCGAUGGUGGUUGCCGCGAACGCUACUCACUAAACGCUCUCGUGUCGCUCGCGUUCGCAACCGCGACCGCCGUGUGUGAGCCGGGACGAGCCCGAAUCACGGUGCGAUUGUUGCGAGCUGCGAAAUAAGAAUGCCUCUCGUGUUCUUCGAGGAGGCAACGCCGUUUAUCGCAUGCGUUCGAUGUUGUUUUUCCCGAGGUGUUUCUGAAAGACCUGUAUAUUUUUUAGAGUCUCAUGGUGUCUCUCUCGUCAUUUCUUAAAACGCGUUUGGCUGUUCUCAGUACACGCACAGAGAACAUGGCGUCACGAGGUACCGCGCUUUGAGGUUUAGAUAGAGGCUCAUGUAAUUAAUCGGGAAGAAACAAGGCCCGUAGCACGCUGUUGACUGCUGUUCACACAUGGCGGAUACUCACGACGGAGAAUCGCCGCACAGAAUAAGUUGGAAAUCUAACGCAAGAAAUAAUUCGAAACAAAUUUAAAAUAGUUUGAUUCAUGCGCCUGAAAAAUAAAACGAAAAAAAAAACGAGGAAAGCGUUAAACUACCAGUACCCUUAGAAUGGCAACCUUCUGGAUGCGUCAGUUUGGUCCAACGUGACCUGCCUUAGUCUUACGUAACAUAGCCUAAGCAAACGUAACUACGAAGCACAAUAGUCCAAUAUAUUUGAGGUUGAUAAAAAGCAAAUCAUGCCGCAUGGAAAAAUCCAGGAUCAUUCAGAUGGAGAAACAUUGUGGU